AUGUACCAAUCGACUCCUAGCCCUCGAAGUGGACCGUAUUCACCUUGCCUUAUUCUCCUCUCCUCGACGGGGCGUUUGCCAAGAAGGGCAAUCGCCGGUGUCCAGUCGCUGACCCUAAAUUGUCUUCCCAGGAAUGAGCGGAUACGCUGCGACAAGCGGAAGCCUGUCUGUUAUCGCUGUCGAAGCAACAGCCGCACAUGUAGUUGGGGCCCAUCGACGUCCCGGGAAUCCCGCAAGGGCCUCCCGACAGACAACGUUGCCGCCGCGGAAGCAAGACUCCUGCUUCCUCGGCGGAGUCCGCGCGAGCUAGCCGUCGAUCAAUUCAUCUCCAUCAUUGCCCCCACCUUCGCUGGGCCUUUCGAUACGGAGUUCUGGUCCCGUGAGAUCCCACGGUUCUGUCUGCUGGAUGAUGCCGUCUUCCAUGCCGUCACGGCCCUGAGUGCUCUCUGCCGCGAUUACAAGUUCGACCGCGCACAGCCUGCGGAACCGAAUGUCUUUGCUCUUCAACAGGCCAACCUGGCGAUUCAGCAGCUCACCCAGCCUCGCUCGAACCACAUGGAGAACCAAUGGCGUGUUCUCACUACGUGCAUCCUGUUCAUCUGCAUCAGUCUUGUUGAUAGGCGCUUUGAACAGGCACGCAUGCACUUCAAACAUGGCUUUCAGAUUUAUCAACAGGUUGAGGAAGCAGGCCAAAAGGGGCUAAAAGGCUAUCCUGGAAAACGUGAUCUCGUCCUACGAUCCUGCCCCAUAACCCUUUCGUCGGUCCAGGCCGUAUUGGCGGGCUUUCAGGUACGCGACCGCUCACUGCUCGAGAUUGGAGACGCGGUCGACAGAACAGCACCUAAACCACCGGGAAAUACCAAAUCUACCCUGAGUAUCUCCUACAAGGGCCCCAACCCAAGUUUAAUUCCGCAAGCAGGUCUUGCUAUCGACAGCCUGAGGCUGGCUAUGUGCGCAAGCGAGUCGCUGAUGUUCGAGCUCGUUCUCUUCACAUACAAACAUGCUGGGGACUUGAAGAGUCUUUAUCUAAGUCGGCGAUUACAACUUCCUUCAAUCACGCGGAGCCAAAGGCCUUACACAAACUGCUAUUCAGAGAUCCAACGUACUAUGGAAGCGUUUGAGCAGUGGGUUUCCUCGUCUUCGGAUGAGGCAAACUGGGGACUAGUAGUCCGACACCAGAUUCGCAAGGGUCUGAAGUAUAUCCGCAUCUACCAGCUGGCCAACUCCCUUCUCCUCAAUACGGACCCAGAUAUCCCGAACCCUGUUUCGCGAUUGAGAAAGCUACCGGUGCUAUGCAGCACGAUAGUCGAUCUCAUGGAAGAGGUCCUUGACAUGGAAGCCCAUGGUUACGGUUGUGGAAAUGGAGAAUACAUCCUUCCAAGGCUUGGCCUAACCAACCCUAUACGGACUCUUGUCCAAUUCGGCUUCGGGUAUGACACGCGAAUGCGUGCCAUAUCGCUUCUCCGUCGACCGAGACUAGAGGGUUUCUGGGAUACACUCAUGUCAGCCAGCAUCCUCGAGGCCCUACUUGACCGUGAGAUGGAGGCUUUAAAUUUGGAUCAAUCUAGACCAGAUUCCCAGGAGCGCAUUCCUUUCCUGAAGAUACUGGGGUCGAAGAGGUUGACAACGGCACCUAUCCGCUAUAUCGUGUUUUCGUCACCAGCUUUAAAUUCCUAG